GUUUAGUUAGCGGAGCGAGGCAGUGCUUGGAAGGGGGAACUGGAAGCUGGCUGGUGUAAAGUGAGUCACUCGCGUAGUUUGACGGACGAUAUUCGCACGAAUAACAAUAAUUAUCGACUCUCUGGUAAACGGUGUGGAGUGUUUCGCCCGUUGGAGCCAUGAGUUAUCAAAUGACGUCGAAUCAAUCUAGACCCAUGUCGCACGGGAGCUAUCAAGGCCCUGCAGACCUGCCAAUGGGCUCUGCCAAAGAGCAGACUCUCAUGUGGCAACAAAACUCCUAUAUGGGUGACUCUGGUAUCCACUCAGGGGCUGCGACUCAGGCGCAGUCUCUAUCAGGGAAGGAAGAUGACGAUAUAGAGGGAGACCAACUCAUGUUUGACUUGGACCAGGGCUUUGCCCAAGGAUUUACGCAGGACCAAGUCGACGAAAUGAAUCAACAACUGAGCCACACGAGAUCACAGCGUGUACGCGCAGCGAUGUUCCCUGAAACAUUAGAAGAGGGGAUUGAGAUACCAUCUACACAGUAUGAUCCAGCACAACCGACGGCAGUUCAAAGACUGGCAGAACCGAGUCAAAUGUUGAAACAUGCAGUGGUCAACUUGAUCAACUAUCAGGAUGACGCGGAUCUGGCGACUCGUGCGAUUCCGGAGUUGAUUAAGCUCCUCAAUGACGAGGAUCAGGUUAUAGUUUCGCAGGCUGCUAUGAUGGUGCAUCAAUUGUCUAAAAAGGAAGCCUCACGACACGCUAUUAUGAACAGUCCCCAAAUGGUGGCUGCCCUCGUACGAGCAAUCUCAAAUAGCAAUGAUCUUGAAUCAACGAAAGCUGCCGUCGGAACUCUGCACAAUUUGUCUCACCACAGACAAGGACUUCUGGCUAUUUUCAAAAGUGGCGGUAUUCCUGCCCUCGUUAAGCUGUUGAGUUCACCGGUAGAGUCUGUAUUAUUCUACGCCAUAACCACUCUUCACAAUCUGCUGCUUCACCAAGAUGGUUCUAAAAUGGCCGUUCGUCUUGCCGGUGGACUGCAGAAGAUGGUUGCUCUUCUUCAGCGCAACAAUGUAAAAUUUUUGGCCAUCGUAACUGACUGUCUCCAAAUUCUCGCUUACGGUAAUCAAGAAAGCAAGCUGAUCAUCCUCGCUUCUCAGGGACCAAUCGAACUUGUACGAAUUAUGCGCUCUUAUGAGUACGAGAAGCUUUUGUGGACAACCUCCAGAGUCUUGAAGGUGCUGUCGGUGUGCUCCAGUAACAAGCCAGCAAUUGUUGAAGCUGGCGGUAUGCAAGCCUUGGCAAUGCAUCUUGGAAACUCGAGUCCAAGACUCGUUCAAAACUGCUUAUGGACACUUCGAAAUCUCUCUGACGCGGGAACAAAAGUUGACGGACUGGAGGGUCUUCUACAAGGAUUGGUGCAGGUGCUGACUUCAAGUGACGUAAACGUUGUCACAUGCGCAGCCGGUAUUCUGUCAAAUUUGACAUGCAAUAAUCAACGCAACAAGGUCACAGUGUGUCAAGUUGGAGGAGUCGACGCGCUUGUGCGUACUAUUGUCAGUGCUGGUGAUCGCGAGGAGAUAACAGAGCCAGCAGUCUGUGCUCUCCGUCAUCUAACGUCGCGUCACGUAGACGCCGAAAUGGCCCAAAAUUCGGUCCGCUUGAACUACGGCAUUCAGGUCAUAGUCAAGCUCCUGCAUCCUCCUUCGCGCUGGCCGUUGGUCAAGGCUGUUAUUGGCCUUAUUCGAAACCUCGCUUUAUGCCCAGAGAAUCAUGCUCCGUUACGCGAACACGGUGCUAUUCAUCAUCUGGUUAGGCUCCUCAUGCGUGCUUUCCAGGAUACUCAGCGACAGAGAUCGUCAGUGGCUAGUACAGGAAGCCAACAGGCAGCUGGAGCGUAUGCAGAUGGAGUGCGCAUGGAAGAAAUUGUGGAAGGCACAGUUGGAGCCUUGCACAUUCUAGCCAGAGAAUCGCACAACAGAGCGAUCAUUCGAACUCAAACUGUUAUACCGAUAUUCGUCCAGUUGCUGUUCAACGAGAUUGAGAAUAUUCAACGUGUCGCGGCAGGAGUACUUUGCGAAUUGGCGGCGGAUAAGGAAGGGGCUGAAAUGAUUGAACAAGAAGGAGCUACCGCUCCGCUAACUGAGUUACUUCACUCGCGUAACGAAGGCGUCGCAACUUACGCAGCUGCCGUACUUUUCCGCAUGAGUGACGACAAGCCGCAGGAUUACAAGAAACGGCUAUCCAUGGAGCUGACUAAUUCGUUAUUCCGCGAAGACACUAGCCUCUGGAACAACGCUGAUCUCGGAAUGGGUCCAGACUUACAGGACAUGCUUGGUCCAGAUCAAGGCUAUGAUGGUAUGUAUGGACAAGGACCCCCUAGUGUGCACAGCAGUCACGGAGGUCGGGGAUACCAGCCGCAAGGUUAUGACCAGAUACCAAUAGAUUCGAUGCAAGGACUUGAAAUAGGCGGAGGAUCGACGUAUGGCGCAAUGGACACCAUGGACGUUGCUCAAGAUGGUGAUCUGAGCUUUGAUCACCUUGAAGAACUUCCCGCACCUCCACAAGACAACAAUCAGGUUGCUGCAUGGUACGACACUGAUCUCUAGACCGUGUUGCAGUCAUCAUCGACCGACCUCCGUAAUACGAAAUUUAAAUUAUGAGGUUUUGUUUUCUUUCUUAACUUUUGAAUCAAGGACAUUCAUAUAAAUUGAAUUUAAAUUAAAUAAAUCGAUGCUUUUACUUGCAUUUCAAUUAUACAUAAAUAUAUUUGAUCAGCGUUAACGGAGAUGUUUCUCAGUCGUGAACUGAGAACGCGCAGUCACGCGUUCCAAAUGAUUUUUAAAAGCUCAGAAAAUCUGCAUGUGAAAAUAUGACUUUCUAGAUUAGUAAUUAUUUACUAGAUAUGUAUCUAUAGAUAAAA